CACCAACCUAAAAAAAAUGCAGGUACCAUAGUUUUCGCUCCACAAGAUGCACCUGACCAUAAGACGCACCUAGAUUUUAGAGGAGGAAAACAGGAAAAAAAUAUUCUGAACCAAUGGACUGCGGACAUAGUACAGGAGAUGACCAGAGACUGCGGACACAGUACAGUAGAUGACCAGAGACUGCAGACACAGUACAGUAGAUGACCAGAGACUGCAGACAUAGUACAGGAGAUGACCAGAGACUGCAGACAUAGUACAGGAGAUGACCAGGAGACUGCAGACAUAGUACAG